AUGGCUUCCAUCUCCAAGCUCUCCAAUCCCAGCCCCGCUUCUUCUUUGUCGUCCACUUUCAACCCUAGAGCUUCCCAGCCCAAGUGCUUGAUCGGCUUCCUCACCACCACCACCAACUUCAGCUCCAAAGUUUCUUCUUCCAAGUUGUCCAUACGAAGCAAAUCGUCUCUCAAGGGCUCUCUGGUUGUGAGAUGUUCUCAAGGUGAUGGAAAUGGAAAUCCAGCAAAGAGAACAUAUCUCCAUGAUCUCUACGAGAAGGAAGGGCAGAGUCCAUGGUAUGAUAACCUCUGCCGACCUGUUACAGAUCUGCUUCCACUUAUUGCAAAUGGGGUUAGAGGUGUAACUAGUAACCCAGCGAUUUUCCAGAAAGCAAUAUCCACUUCAAAUGCUUAUAAUGAUCAAUUCAGGGAACUUGUACAAUCAGGAAAAGACAUUGAAAGUGCAUAUUGGGAACUUGUGGUGAAGGACAUUCAAGAUGCUUCAAAACUUUUUGAGUCAAUCUAUGAUCAAACUGAUGCUGGUGAUGGUUAUGUUUCUGUUGAAGUUUCUCCCAAACUUGCUGAUGACACUCAAGGGACUAUCGAGGCAGCAAAAUGGCUACAUAAAGUAGUUGCCCGCCCCAAUGUCUACAUAAAAAUCCCUGCUACUGCUCCAUGUGUCCCUUCAAUUAAGGAAGUCAUAGCAAAUGGCAUAAGUGUCAAUGUGACUCUUAUAUUCUCUCUCACUAGAUAUGAGGCAGUCAUUGAUGCUUACUUGGAUGGCCUUGAGGCUUCUGGAUUAAAUGACCUCUCCAAAGUCACAAGUGUUGCUUCCUUCUUUGUCAGUAGGGUGGACACCCUUAUUGACAAGUUGCUUGAAAAGAUUGGAACUCCAGAAGCCCUUGACCUUCGAGGAAAGGCUGCUGUAGCUCAAGCUGCUUUAGCAUACCAACUCUACCAGAAGAAAUUCUCUGGCCCUAGAUGGGAGGCUUUGGUGAAAAAAGGUGCCAAGAAGCAGAGGCUACUGUGGGCCUCAACCAGCGUCAAGAAUCCUGCCUACCCUGAUACUUUAUAUGUUGCUCCUCUCAUUGGCCCUGACACGGUUUCAACCAUGCCAGACCAAGCUCUCCAAGCAUUUAUCGAUCACGGUACUGUUUCAAGGACAAUCGACUCCAAUGUCUCCGAGGCUGAAGGAAUUUACAGUGCACUAGAGAAGCUAGGAAUUGACUGGAGCUACGUUGGGAACCAACUCGAAAUUGAAGGAGUGGAUUCCUUCAAGAAGAGUUUUGACAGCCUGCUUGAUACUCUGCAAGAGAAGGCCAACUCUCUUAAAUUGAUUAGUCUGUGA